GAGCAGCUCACGUGCUUUCACUCGAUUUCUCCCCGCUUCGGUUCUUCUUUCCGCCAUUCUAACGUCUUCCAGGGCAACUUGAAAGAGAGCUGAGAAUAUCAUUGUUCCCUUAGGUCAUAGAGGCCAAGGCAAAAGGCUCAUUCCAUCGUAGCAAAAUGGAGCUCGAGGAAGAAGGCCGCGAGUUCAUGGAAGACCUUCCAUACAAUUUGGGUCUUGGCUGUGCCCUGGACAUGUUCAGGGAGGUCCAGGAAGUGAACGAGAUCCUGAACAUGGUUGUAGAAGACUCACAAGAUGCGACAAAAGCUGAGAAGCGGUCAGCCCGUUUGUCUUUCAUCUUGGAUCAGUAUCAGGAACAACCUCACCUCCUAGAUAAACACUUGGAUCAAAUGCUGUCCAAGCUCAUAGAUACUGUCCGCCAAAAGAACAUGCCCAUGGCUGCUAUCCAUCUUGGCUUCCGCUACCUUGGCUUUCUCACCAAAGUUCGAGGUUACAAGAUACUUGUACGACAUCUUCCACACGAGGUGGGUGACCUGGAUCCCGUACUAGAGAUGCUGGAAUCCCGAGGGACCGGGAGAGAGGAGGAUGAGAAUUGGGAGACAACAUAUAUGCUUAUACUGUGGCUCUCAAUCAUCAUUCUCCUUCCUUUUGACAUGAAGAAACUAGAUCCUCGUUCCCUUCUUCUUUCGGCGGGUGAUGCCGAAAUGCAGAGCAGGAGACCUCUGCAUGGCAGGGUUGAAGAUGUGAUCAGGAAAGGAUUAGAAAAACAGUAUCACAAUUGCUGUGAAGCAGCAGCCUUCCUAUCAGCCAAGCUGUUCCUUCGUCCUGACAUGAACCAAUCCCAUCUCUCCCAGUUUUUGCAAUGGUGCAUGCAGAUCAUUCAAGAUGAUUCUGAAGAGAAUAAGUGGAGGAUUGGAGCAUUAAGAGCCUUAGCUCAAAUCUUCAAGCAGGGAGGGAGGGAAACCCUCUUGCCCCAGGCUCCCAUUGUCUUUGAGUCAAUCAAACAAGCCCAACUAUUGAAUUCCCCAGUCACACUGGUCAGGAAGAUUGCAAUCAACAUUGUGCAACGCAUUGGUUUGACAUUCCUGAAGCCGAGGGUUGCCAAGUGGCGUUAUGACAGAGGAAGUCGCUCCCUCAUUCUGAAUGUGGAGAAGAACAGCAGGAUCAGCUCCCAGUCAGAAACACAAGAGAAGCAAGAUUUAAUGGGAGGGAAAGACAGUGAAGAGGAUGAAGGAUAUGAGAUCCCUGAUGAAGUGGAAGAGAUUGUUGAGAUCCUUCUUCAAGGUCUUCGAGAUAAGGACACGGUCAUCAGAUGGCCAAGUGCCAAGGGGAUGGGACGGGUGACAGGACGAUUGCCAAAGGAACUGGCAGAUGAUGUUCUUGGUUCCUUGCUUUCUCUGUUUUCACCUCUAGAAUCAGAGAAUUCUUGGCAUGGUGGCUGCCUUGCCUUGGCUGAGCUUGGAAGGCGAGGACUUUUGCUGCCAAGUCGUCUUCCAGAGGUGGUACCUAUUCUGCAGAGGGCUUUGGUGUUUGAUGAGGCUCGAGGGAACUUUUCUGUUGGACGUAACAUCAGGGAUGCUGCUUGUUAUGUUUCAUGGUCCUUUGCUAGAGCUUAUAGCCCUCAGGAAAUGGCUCCUUAUGUUCCUGUGAUUGCUCCUCAGCUCCUCAUAGUUGCCUGCUUUGAUCGUGAAGUAAAUUGUAGAAGAGCAGCAUCAGCAGCCUUUCAGGAGAAUGUUGGGCGACAGGGCUCAUUCCCACAUGGCAUCGACAUCCUCACAACAGCUGAUUUCUUUGCCGUUGCCAAUCGCAGGCAUUCCUAUUUAGACAUAAGUGUGUUCAUUGCUCAAUAUGAAGAGUAUCGAGAAGCUUUGAUCUGUCAUCUGGUUGAGAGGAAGCUAAACCAUUGGGAUAUCAUGAUUCGGUCCCUAGCUGCUGAGGCCUUGCAUCGGCUGACAUUCCUGGCUGCAGAUUACAUGGUGCAUGAUGUGAUACCCAAGUUGAAGCAGGGGAUCUUGAGCAAUGCUCUUUACCUGAGACAUGGGGCUCUUCUUGGACUUGGUGAAAUUGUUCAUGCCAUAUCCUUGCAUGCCAACAGCCAGGGCCUCUCCUUUCAUGACAUCCUUGGUGAGGAGCAUGAACAGUUCUGUGCAUCAUUCCUUGUGCACUUGGAGGCAAAAGGGGCAUUUCGGCAGAUGUCAAGAGAGAUGAUGCGCAUUGCAUCAUCUGCUUUUAUAUGCAAGAUGACUCUUUCUCACCUCCCAAUCCAUGACAAUCUCUCACUUCUGGAAACUUGGUUGGAGCAUUUGAAAGAAAAUCUUGGAGCAGUGGAGUCUGCUGUGCAGGAAAGUGCAGGGAAUGCCCUUGGAAAGUUGCUGGAUGAAUAUCUAUCUUGUCCUCAGGACAAAAAAAAGAAAGAAAUGACAGAUGGCAUAUGUCAGGACAUCCUUUCCAAUGUUCGAUCCUCGAACUUGGGUCGUCGCACUGGCUACGCUCUUGCUGCUGGGUAUCUACCAGAAUCUGUGUUAAGGAGUCGUCUAUCAGUCUUUCUGGAGACUCUGUAUGCCUGUUCCCACAUUCAACAUCCUUCAGAAGAGACUUGGGCUGAGGCAAGGAGGGAAGCUGUGAAGAGCAUUGCCUCCAUCAUCCAGACAAUGCCCAUGGAUCCUUGUGGAGAACUGGAAAUGUCCUUCAACACUGAUGCUGUGAAUCGUGCAUUUUGUGAGCUCAUGGUGUGCUUUCAGGAUUACACUAUUGAGGAGAAAAAAAGGGGAGAUAUUGGGGCUUGGGUGCGAGAGGCUGGCAUUCGUGCCCUCACGAUCUUGGCAGAGAAGUCCCUUGAUUGCAUGGCAUCUGAUGUGGAUCAAAAAUCCCUUCACACUCUCCUCCUGAAUCUCUGCCAGCAGGCAUGCGAGAAGAUAGAGCGAACACGCAUCCUGGCUGCUGACUCUUUCUUACAUAUCCUCCACCUGGAGAGGUUGCCAGUCACCGUCCCUUGCAUCCAAAGACUCCGAGAAGUCCUUCCGGUCUCAUGCAAAGAAGAAUGGUAUGAGGGGAAGAAGGACACCUUCUCCCGCUUUGUUCCUCUCCUCUCUCUGGAUCAUGGAUAUGGUCGACAUGUCCUAAUGGGCCUUGUUGUUUCCACUGGAGAUCUGGCUGCUGGAAAUAGUCAGACUUCGAUGGGAGCACUGGAGUGCUACCUGUCUUCCCUGGAAGGAAAUGCGAAAGCUUUAGAAUCCUUCUUCUCGCUCCUUGUGGGGAUCUUCGCCGAGAAGAGCGAUGAGGACCGCAUUGCAAUACCCCUCAUGCGAACUGCCACCUCUCUCCUUAAGUCGGGGUACCUUGAGCCGCUGUUGAACGACGUGAACGUUCCCGUCCCGGGAUGCAUGAUGGACCUGGUACGCUGCACCAAGGCGGGGAUGUCGAAACGCAUGAAUAAAACGCCUCCCAUCACGAAGGUGUUUCUCGGGGUGGAACUCCUCGUGUCUUGCCUGUCGUGUCGGGAUCCUCGGAUCCAACGGUCGUGUCUCGGUUCUCUGACCAUCCAUCUGGGGUCGGUGUACCCUCGACUCAGACACACGACGGGGACUGCGCUGUAUCAGGCUCUCCUCAUGUCUUCGAGCGACUCGUCCUGGGUCUCGGAAGAGAACAGUGGAGAGGUUCUACGCAUCCUUGAGGAUACCGAUUGGAUGUCGGGAGACGUGGAAAAACUUCGGGGGGUCCGGGAUGAACUGUGCUGCCUGCUCGACGUCCCCCCUCCGAUCAGGAAGACCUAAUGGAUCUGACGGGACCUGGGAUAUUGUUCACUUUCUCUUUCCAAACUCAAAGCUAUCUUUUCCACCUCACCAGACUACUCAAUGAAGGUGAUAACAGAGUUCCUUAAUAUUGCUAUGGGUCACUUUCAUGGCAUUUACUAAACAAUAGUUGAUAAUUUUCUUGAAUGUCCCAGUACUGUACAUGUCUUGAAUGCAUGCAUGGUCUAAUCCUGGAAUUAUGUUUCCAUUUGAAUAAAAAAAGUG